CUUUAACAAAAUUCCGUCGACAUUCAAUGCAAAACUGGAGCUCGACUCCAGCAAGGAAGACACCAUUCACUCCGCAAGCCUGAACAAAAAGCUUGUCAAAAUUAAAAAGUUCAAGCUGGACGAUAUGAAGGAGAUGGUAGGUGGCUGCUGCGUUUGUUCGGACGAGCGGGGGUGGCCGGAGAACCCGCUCGUCUACUGUGACGGCCAAAACUGUACGGUGGCAGUGCACCAGGCAUGCUACGGGAUUGUGACUGUGCCCACGGGACCCUGGUACUGCCGCAAGUGCGAGUCCCAGGAGCGCACCUCUCGCGUUCGCUGCGAGCUCUGUCCCUCGCGGGAUGGUGCCCUCAAGAAGACCGACAGCACCGGUUGGGCCCACGUCGUCUGUGCCCUCUAUAUCCCUGAGGUUCGGUUCGGGAACGUCACCACCAUGGAACCUAUUAUACUGGCGUUAAUACCGCAGGAGCGGUACUCGAAAACUUGCUACAUUUGCCUGGAGAUUGGAAAACCGAAUCGUGCAAAUUUUGGCGCCUGCAUGCAGUGCAACAAAUCGAACUGCAAGCAACAGUUUCAUGUCACAUGCGCCCAGAGUCUAGGCCUGCUUUGCGAGGAGGCGGGCAAUUAUUUGGAUAACGUCAAGUAUUGCGGCUACUGCCAGCAUCACUACAGUAAACUGAAAAAGGGCGGCAACGUCAAAACCAUACCGCCAUAUAAACCCAUUCAACAUGACACCUCAUCCGAUUCAUGUUCGUCGCCCGAGAAGGAGAUCGAUUCCACCAUGAACUCAUCGGCCACGUCGGCAACGAGCAUUAAGAUUACCAGCAGCAGCGGUGGCACCAGUGGAGGUAGCCAAAAUCCAGCGAACUCAGCUGGAAGUGGCAGUGGAACCGGUAGUGGCGUAUCCUCAUCAUCCAAGCAGCGAAAGAGCAAUGCAUCUGGGAAACAAUCGUCGAGCAGCAGCAGUAGCAGUAGCAGCAGCACUUCAUCCUCGACGGGAGUGGCGGCGGCCAAUCCAUCUUCGAGUUCUGCGAACUCUGGUGGAAGUGCACCAAAUGGUGGUAAUUUACUACCUGGAAGUAGUAAUAACACCACUAGCGGUAGUUUAAGCAAUAACAACCUACCUGGCGGAGGCACCAGCAGUGCUGGGAGCGUAGCCAGCGGAGGCAGUACUGGUGGAGCAAAUACUGGAGCAGCUAACAGUAGUGCGGCGUCUCAAUUGUCGACGACUACCGCUGCCGCCACCACGAAAUCAUCAUCAUCAUCAUCGGCGGGCAACUCAAACAGUACUGGCAGCAGUACCAGCUACAAGGAUAAGCACAGCAAGAGCUUAAGCAAAUCCUCCAAUUCUAGCAAGGAUAAGGAUAGCAAGGAUAACACUAGCAAUAUAGCGAAUAAUAGUUUCUCCAAUUCAUCAGCCGCCUCAUCGACGUCUUCCAACACCUCGUCCUCCCGAGACAAGUCGUCAUCCAAGCUAUCGAAGGCCAAAGAGUCGAUUCAAGUGCAGCCAAGUACAACCAGCAGCACCCAGCCCAUAAUUUCAUCAACGUCGACAACAAUGAGUGGGAUCAGUGGAACUGGGACAUCGCAUGUCACAAGCUCAGCUGCUAGCUCAGCCACAACGACAAUACAUGAGCACUCAAAUCAAGCCCAAAAUCUGAGCACAACAAAUCCGGGAGGAAGUGACAGCACAAGCACAACCGGCAAAAUACUAUUGUCCAACAAUCUCACGAGCAGCAAUUCUAAUUUCGGACAUGGAACCAACAACGCCUCAAGCUCUGGAUUGAACGAUUCCGCCAGCAUUCAUUUGAAUUCAGAAAGAGACAAUAACUUGGCCAGCGCAGGCUCGUCGGCAAACAGUCAGGCCGCCGGAAUAAUGGCCAUUGGCCCUGUGGUAUCUUCCAAUGCAGCUGCUAGCAAUCCAAGCACCACCGGAAAGGGCAGCUCUCCCUCGUCAACGAGCCUACCUUCGGGCAGCACAUCGAAUCCCUCGACAACAAAAAAAAGAAAGGCAGACUCGGCCAAGUCCAGUGGUGGCGGCAGCGGCGGUAUUUCCAUCGCUGGCGCUGCUCUGGAUGAUAACAAUAGGUGGGGAUCGAGAAACGCAAAGAAAAGCUCAUUUCGGGAUAUUAUUAAGGACGUGCAUGUGUCUCUAACGCCAUUAACAGACUUUGAAAAGGAAAUUGAGAAGACUUCAAAAAGGCAACGCACCGAGCUCAGCCCGCCGACCCACCAAACAUCCGCCACUGCAGAGGUAAAUGCACCGCUGGCCAGCUCAACAAGUGCGUCCAUUGCGGUAACGGCGAGUGCAACAGCGGCGACCGCAGCCACAGCCUCCCCAGUGUCGGCCAGCACUACCUCAGGCGGCAGUAGUAAUGCUGCAGCUCCCGCGGGCAGCGGAAGUAGCUCCGGCGGAAUGGCAGCGGGUGGUGGAGCAGCCCCCGCUGUCGGAACCGGCAGCUAUUCAAAGACAGAGACGAGCAAGUCGAGUGGCGCCUCAAGCGGAGGAGUUGGCGGUGGCAACAACAAGCACAACAGCAGCAACACCAAGGAGAGCGCAAGCAGCCAGCAGCCAUCGAGCGGGAGCAGUGGCAACGCACCCAGUCUGUACGUCUCAGUGCCACUGUCCACGGCCAAUGUACCUGGAAUCAAUCUGCCCACCAAUAGCAGCAGCAGUAGCAGUAAUCCCAGCAGCGAAUCCCAUUCUGGAUCGCGGGGGAGCGGGACACCAUCGCAGCAGCAGCAGGGCACCCACACAUCAAUGGGUGCUUCUGGAGCUGGAACCGGAGCGUUUCAUGCCGGCGCCACAAGCGGUGGUCCGAACAGUGGCUCUUCGUCGGUCAUCCAGCACCAAAGUGGCAAGUCUUCGCCGGCGUUGGUCGGAAAUCUAGUCAGUGGCAAUAGCGGCGGCAGCAUCAUCUCUGCCAGUGGUACUCCAACCGGUGGUAACCUUACCGCCACCACCACAGAGACCGGUAAUCUGAAGAUCAGCUACGAGAAGCAGACGACGCGGGUGCAGCAGCUACAGGAACAGGAGGCGCCACCAGCACGUCGCAGCAGAUCGCGCUCCGGCGAGAGUGGCGGUAGUCACCACCAUGCCCACCACCAUCAACACCACCACGCCACCCACCACAAUAGCCACACUAGCCAUCAUCACCAGCAAACGUCACAGCAGCAACAACAGUCGCACCAACAGCAGCAACAGGCGCUGCAUUCCUCCUCCACUGCCGCCUCACCCUCGUCCUCCACUUCCACUUCCUCGUCCUCACUCUCGAGUGCCAGUGCCUCAACCACGUCCGUCAAUCCCAAAGCCACCUCGCGAUCAGGCAAGAAGCGUGGUGCUGCGGUUAGUAAGAGCGAUGCAUCUGCAACUGCAUCACCAUCAGCAGUGGCCGCUCCAACCACUGCCGAGAAGCAUAGCCGGCACAGCUCACCGCACUACAAUGCGACCACGGUGCCUACACCGCCACCACCAGCGACUGUGACUGUGGCACCUCCAGUGGUUUCCUCGCCAGUGGUGAUGCUGCAAUCUCUGUCCUCGUCGUCAAUUGAUUCCCCGCCAGCAACGGCGACAAGUCGCAGUACUCGAAACAAUAACGGCAGCAACAAUACGAAUCAUAACGGCGAACAGACCUCCACUUCCUGCUCGUCCACGUCUUCCACCUCUUCUUCGAGCGGUGGCGGCUCCAAUGCAGUGGCCAAUGUGGUGAAUUUGGCAGACUCGCCGGUAAACAUGUCGGCUUCGGGCAACUAUCGGGGCAGCAGCACUGCCAAUGGCAGCCCGGCCAACAAGCCCUUAAACAAGAAAAUGUUGCGUGCCCAGCAGACGCAGCUGUAUCAGCAGCAGCAGCAACAGCAACAGCAGUAUACAAACCCUGCUAGAGCCAACUCUCCACCCCCUAGUCUCAGCCACGCCCCCACAGUCCCUUCCAACUCUACAAGUAGCUUUAAGCCCUCGCAACAGCAAGUGCAGCAGCAGACAGCGUCUACAGCACAGAGUCAACAGCACGAAGAUCUAGAGAUUUUGCAGUUCACUAAUUCGAAUACCACUCCUAUUCCUUCCUCGACGAAACCAACCAAUAGAACGCCCGAUCUCAGCCAGACCAGCUCCUCGUCAUCAGCAGUGCCAGCAACAACAGCUGCCUUGGUUUCGCUGAGCAACAGCCAGCUGUCCCUCAAUUCUAUGGCCGGCGGCGGUGGCGGUUUGAAAUUCACUUACGAAAGUCAAGUCCACCUGGAUGUGCCCAUGUUGCCGGUGAGCGCCAUUAAGGACUCACCGCCCAGCUCGCCCGGCUCGGAGACUGGGUCCGUUAUGCACACGGCAACGGCAGCGGUCAGUUCCCUGACUGCGGCGGCUCCCACCUCGGCUUUGACGGCAGCAGCAGCCACCCAGCCAGGAAAUGUGCGAAAACGUGGACGCAAGGCAAAGGACUCUACGAUAGCUGCAGCGGCAGCGGCGGCAGCAGCAGCUAAUGCUGCCACCAGCAGUGUUCAACAGGAUCUCAAGGAUGUGCGCAUACUACAGAAUGGUGCGGCGGCCAGUGGCUCAAGCAAUCCAACCAGCAGCAGCACACCCACACCGCCAGCCACGCCCAUAGCUACGUCAGCGGCUGCCGGUAGUGCGACAAGCAAUUCUUCUAUCAUCACGCACACGGCCGCCCAUAUGCUGGGUAACCAGCUCAAUCCCAACAGCAGUGUGGCUCAGAAGCUGUCCGAGCAGCUGCACAUGGAAGUGCAGGAUCACUCGAUCUACACGCCCGACUCCAUGAACUCGCAGUACGCCGGAGUGCCAUUUCCUGGCAAGCAGCGCAAUUCCGCCUCCAAUAAUGCCGCGACAACGCCAGCACCGAAUCCGCUUCAGUCAAUGUUCAGCGGUGGCGGUAUCAAUGGCAAUAUGCCCAUACCGCAGAGUCUGGAGCAAUUGCUGGAGCGCCAGUGGGAGCAGGGCUCGCAGUUUCUCAUGGAGCAGGCGCAGCAUUUUGACAUUGCUUCUCUGCUGAAUUGCCUGCACCAGCUGCAGAGCGAGAACCUGCGGCUGGAGGAGCAUGUGACCAGCCUAAUAGCUCGCCGCGAUCACCUCCUGGCCGUGAAUGCCCGCCUGCAGAUCCCAUUGAGUACGAUCGGCGGCAGCAGCAAUGCCAAGACCGAGGCGCACGCCUCCAACACCAGCAGCAGCAGCAACUCCAACAACAGCAGCAUCGGACUGGGCAGCAACAUUACCGCUCUCAACGCGGCCACAACGAUCGCAGCGGCAGUUUCGCUGGCCACCACUGCCAUCAACACCACCAUUCCCACCAUGGUCAGCAGUCGACCCACAGUGGCGCCGGCUAGCUCCAGCGGUGUGCUGGAAUCCAGCAAUCCAGCCACAUCCUCAAAUGCCAGCAGCGGAACCACCUCAACUACACCAAUGUCUAUUGCCGGCAUGACAAUGACCAAUGCAGCCAGCUUGGGGCUAAGACACGUUUCUGCGUACAACAAUUCUGGUAACAGCAAUAGCGGUGGCAGCAGCAGCAUCAACGCCAACAGCAACACCCUGCAUCAUCAGCAUCAUUCGCAGCAUUCGUCGCAUUCGUCGUCUCAUCCGUCGUCUCAUCCUUCCCAGCAGCAGCAGCAGCAUCAGCAGCACGCACAGCAGGUCCAACAGCAGCAGCACCUGCAUCAAUCGCAUCACGCCACCAGCGCCGCUGUGGCGGCCGCCCAUUUGCUGGGUGUGGGAAUGAGCCUUGGGGCUGGCGCUGGAGGCGGUGCUGCCGUUGCUGGCAUUGGACGAGGUGGGUCAGCAGCAGGGACUGCCGUGGCUGCAGCGACAACCACAACUACUUUUUCGACAACAGCGGGAUCGGGCACGGGAUCGGGCACGGGCACGGUCACGCACCACCACCCACACCCACACCACCCACCACACCAACAUCCUAGCAUUCAGAUUCAAGUGGGUGGCGGCGGCGUUGGCGUUGGCGUUGGCAUUGACGAUUUAAGUAGCACCUCUUCUUCCUCCUAUGCGGCGCACCACGCGGCGCUCUACAGCACGCAUCACCAGUCCCAACUAAGGCGCGACGAUAACCUCCAAGCCAAAACCAGCUGAAAGUCGUACCGUAAGCACGUGAAUCAGCAGCCGCAGCA